AUUACACAUUGCUGGGAACUUCAAAUUGGAACUCAGAAAACCAGUUUUUAUGAUUUUCUGUAUAAAUCCUUAGUGGGUAUUUCUUCAAUUAUUCUGGAAAAAACUGUUCUUUACUCGCAUUCAUCAUCGAUUCAUCGGGUCGAACUAUUAAUCAGCAACAUGGCAUACAUAACAAGCUCCACAGAAGUGUACUUGAUGCAGUUAAUUACGUAAACGCCCAUGGAAACCGGACGCCCUUUACAAAGAUUAUGUCGAAUUCAAAUCCAGAGACUGCUUAUUUUGAUCAUAAGCCUUGUGGUUGUUCUCAUAGUUCUAGCUCAAUUACUCGCGUUCCCAUAUAAAAACGACACAUCCAUUCUAUCCCCUGUCACCAAGGGUAUUUUGGUCCACAAAGUGUCUAUUUACAAUAACACCUCUAUUACACACGAGGGAGUAGUUCUAAAUGAGUCGAAAAGAGAAGAAGGGUGCAAAGGGUAUGAUUGUAAUUCCGAAUCCUUAGUCUCAAAAAUUGUAGCCAAAGUAAAUGAUUUGGGUCAAAAUGUUACCAUUCCUUCACAACCAACACGACUUUCUUACAUGAUUUCGGUUCUUGAAUCGGUUCGUUUCAAUACAACACUUAAUGAGAAAAAUAAGGAAAAGUUGUCGUCAGUUCAUGAGCGACAACUUCAACAUGCACGCAUGCAAAUUGAAAAGGGGCACACAUUAGCAAGCACCGGUGGACUUCAUGCGUCUCUUUAUCGCAAUGUUUCACGGUUUUUAAGGAGUUACAAAUUGAUGGAAGACACUUUGAAAGUUUACAUCUACAAGGAAGGAAAGAAACCAAUAUAUCAUGAUCCAAAAUUAAGAGGAAUCUACGCUUCAGAAGGAUGGUUUAUGAAACUAAUGGAGAAAAAUAGACACUUUGUUGUGAAAGAUCCCAAAAAAGCACACUUAUUUUAUCUACCAUUUAGUUCACUAAAGCUAAGACUUACAUCUCAAGAGCAUACUCCUCAGAGUCGUAAAAAUUUGGAACUAUAUUUAAAAAAUUACACCACUUUAAUCUCCCGAAAAUACCCUUUCUGGAACAGAACUAAUGGAGCCGACCACUUUCUUGUUGCUUGUCAUGAUUGGGCAAUGAAGCUAACGAAAGAUGAUAUGGGAAACUGCAUAAGAUCACUUUGCAACUCAAAUCUCGCCGGAGGGUUUAAGAUUGGAAAAGACACGACACUUCCGGCGACUUACAUCCGUACAUCAGAAGAUCCGGUGAAAGAUCUUGGUGGAAAGCUGCCAUCCGAAAGACCAAUUCUUGCAUUUUUCGCCGGAGGAAUGCACGGAAACCUCCGGCCAAUUUUGCUCCGGCAAUGGCACGAUAAAGAACCCGACAUGAAAAUCUUUGGGCCAAUGGCUCGUGAUGUUGAAAGUAAAGCUAAAUACCGAAUGUAUAUGAAGAGUAGCAAAUAUUGUAUUUGUGCUCGUGGGUAUGAGGUGUUUACACCACGGAUUGUGGAAGCGGUUUACUAUGAGUGUGUUCCCGUGAUUAUAUCGGAUGAUUAUGUCCCGCCUUUUUUUGAGUUUUUGGAUUGGGAGGGGUUUUCGGUGUUUGUUUUGGAGAAAGAUGUUGGAAAUUUGAGUCGAAUUCUAAGGGCGAUUUCGGAUGAAAAGUAUCAGGAGAUGUGGGAGAGAGUGAAGAUGGUGCAACAACAUUUUAUUUGGCAUAAGACGCCUGUGAAAUUUGAUUUGUUUCAUAUGAUUCUUCACUCGAUUUGGACUAAUAGAGUUUACAGGACAUGAUAGACUGCACUGUGUUUGACAUACAAUAAAUUGAAACCAAGACUGCUUUCAGUAAUUUUUUUUGUCUCAUAUGAAAAGGUGAGACAAGAACUUGCUAAACAGUAGGUAGCUUGUCUAGUACUGUCCAAUAUCGUCUUUUCCAGUGUUGUAUGUAAUGUUUGUAUAUUUUUUAUUAGUCAAAAUGGUUGAAAACGUCAUUGUAUAUAACUUUGGUAAAUAAUUGCAUUGAAAUCAAGGUUUUUUUGUUUAUUAUCGACAA